CUCAGCAUCGCCAUCAUCAUCUUCAAACCAUCAUCUCCAGCAUGCACCAAGAGUCGUGCCACUCUUUGGUUUUACUUUGCAUCCUCCUGAGGAGCAGCGGCCAAGCCUUCAAGAACGAUGCCACGGAGCUCCUCUCCUCGCAUGCGAGCGCACCGGUGGCGGGGGAGCAGCACGGCAACGUGUCGCUGAAUCGGGCACGCUCCGGUGGGCGAGCGGCAGCGGCGGCGGCGGCGGCCGGGACAGAGCGCGACAGAAGCGAGCAAAGCCAAAUUGGAUGCAGAGAGUUGAGGUCCACCAAGUACAUCUCAGAUGGCCACUGCACCAGCAUCAAUCCCAUUAAGGAGCUGGUGUGUGCCGGCGAGUGUCUACCAGCUCAGAUGCUCCAGAACUGGAUCGGCGGACCCUACAGCAGAAAGUUGUGGUCUCGCCGCGGCGCCGGCACGAGCAGCGCCAGCAGCCAGGACUGGCGGUGCGUCAACGACAAGACUCGCACUCAACGCAUCCGGUUGCAGUGCCAGGACGGCAGCACCAGAACGUACAAAAUCACGGCGGUCAUCUCCUGUAAGUGCAAGAGAUACUCCAGGCAGCACAACGAGUCAGGCCACAAGUUUGAGCCCGCGGUUCUGUCACCGCCGCAGCUCCUGCACAAGCACAAGGCCAAGAGCAGGAAGCAGAUGGGGAAGAAGCGCUUGAGUGAGAACUGGCACCAGUCAGAACCAUGAGGGUCUAUUUAGACUCAUGUGGAUUACAGCUGCUCUCCGUGGGCUGGACUUGAUUUAGCUUUUAAGAUGGUGUCUCACUUUAAUGGAUCAUCAAAGGCCUCUUCUGGCCAUUUUGAUGCAUGUAAAGAUAAUGUGAACAAAACCAAAAUAUACAGCUUUCCUAAGCCUGGAUAUAAGCCAUACAUUGUCCUAUGUAUGUACGUAUGUAUGUAUUUAUGUAUGUAUGUAUGUAUGUAUGUAUGUAGCCAUGUGUGUGCUCUUUUUAUUUGAUGUACAAAUUGAGAUGAUGACAAACCCCUCCAAGCACCUUGUAAAUAUUUGUACAUAUAUGUCAAAUUGUUACUUGCUUUUUUUUCAAUAACCAUGUGUAUAAAAUUGAUGUAAUAUAUUCUAAGUGGCAACAUGUGCGGGUAAAGU